CCGCAUCAUUCGUAUUCGCAUAGAAACCGCAUCAUUCGUAUUCGUAUAGCAAUCGCAUCAUUCGUACUCGAACAAACCGCAUCGUACGACAGAUGCGAGUAACGAACAGAUGCGAGUAACGAAAUGAAUUUGUGAGUACCGAAUCGGUACUUCGAGUGAACCGAUGUACCCGUUACUCAGUAACGAAUACAUGCGGUUUGCUCCAGCUCUAAUGUUUAUAAUUAAUUUAUUUACAAAGCUUGAGAAAGCAGACAAAUUCUUACGAAAAUCUGACACAUGAAAUUGCCUCUUUUGAGUAAAUACAAUAAUAUAUACUAUAUUAAGCUUCUUGUGAAAAUGGAUAUUUAAGAGAUCAAUUGUAUAUUUAAAAAAUUUACACCUUCAAGGAUAUAACUUCUGAACGUAUUAGCAAAGGUAUAAACGAGAUAACAUGUUACGGAUAAAAACACCCUUAUCAAAUAAUUUCUGCAUUAAGAAUGGUAAAUCAUGAUUCAUGAGUAUUUUUUUUGUGUGUGUGUGCUAGAAUUGGCGAGAAAUAUUUAUAGAAGCAUACAUAUUGUGGCAUGUCAGUAUUCAGGGUAUGAUUAGAAUAAAUUGGCCGUAUCUCGUAUGACAAAACACACGAAGAUUUCCUGUUUGCAUUUGAAGAUUCAAAAUUUAGAGUCAAAUUUUUUACUUGUGUGCAACCAACAAGUUCUUGCAUAUGUUUCAUUGAAUGUGUGCACCAUUCCGAGUGCACAGAAAUCUUAUGUACGACCGACGCAAGUAUGUAAUUAUAUGUGUCCUAUUUCAGAAAUAUUUCCAAAUUUGUAAAAUUGCAUUGAUCUGUGGUUAAUUAAAGAAUCAAAAAACAUGCAUAACAGCAAAGAAAAGUCAUUCAAGUGUGAUAUGUGUUCCAAGUCAUAUACAUACAAAAGUGAUUUAAGCAGACAUAGACACAUUCAUACUGGAGAAACAUACGAAUGUAGUGUAUGCUGGAAAUCCUUUGCUAACAAAAAAACACUAAAACAGCAUAUGUAUAUCCACACAGGUGAAAAACCAUACACAUGUGAUAUAUGUUUUAGGUCAUUUGCACAGAAUGUUACAUUAAAGCAACAUAAGCGCAUUCACUCGGGUGAGAAAGAAUACAUCUGUGAUAUAUGUAAGAAGGCCUUUCUUCAUCUGCGCAGCUUGAGUGUACACAUACGUUCCCACAUAGGGGAAAAGUCAUAUCUGUGUGAAGUAUGUAAUAAGAGAUAUUUGCUGAAACAGAAUUUGAGGAUUCAUAUGCGUAUUCAUACAGGUGAAAAGCCCUAUAUAUGUGAAAUAUGUGACAAAUCAUUUAUAUCUGGUACAAUCUUGAAAUACCAUUCAUAUAUCCAUACCAGUGAAAAACCACAUAAAUGUGUUACAUGUCAUAAGUCAUUUGUUCGCAAAAAUGAUUUAAAAAAGCAUAUGAUUUACCAUAGUGAAAAAAAAUAUGUAGAUUGUAAUAUAUGUGGAAUAUCAUUUUCACGUCCGAGUAGUUACAGUAAGCAUAUGAAUUGUCAUGUAACUGGAAACCAACAUGUAUGUACUAUAUGCAAGAAGUCAUUUCCACGUGAAUGGCGCUUAGUCAGACAUAUGCGUGUACACACAGGUGAAGAAACACAUGUGCGUGAAAAUACUAUGCAGCGAAGUACAGAUAAAAAUGAACAUUUUGAAUGUGCUGCGUGUUUUAAAAUUUUUCCAACUAAUACUGCUUUACAAGAACAUGUGUGUACUCAUAGAGGUGAAAAACUGCUGGACUGUAAUAUUUGUGCAAAAUUGUUUGCACAUCAAAGUAGCUUAAACAGACACAUGUUUAAUCACACAGGAGAGAAACGGCAUGUGUGUAAUAUAUGUAAGAAGUCAUUUCGACAGCAGUGCCACCUUACUAAACAUUUGUGUAUCCAUACAAGUAAGAAAAUAUGUAUAGAAAAAAGUACAAGAGAUAAAAAGCUUGAAUGUGCAGUAUGUUUCAAGUCAUUUAAUUUUCUAACUGAGUUACAAGAACACAUGUUUACUCAUACAGGUGAAAAACCACUUAGAUGUGAUAUAUGUGGAAAAUCAUUUGCACAUUGGAAAACUUUAAGGAAACACAGAUAUACCCACAUAAGUAAGAAACGAUAUGAAUGUAGUAUAUGUGGCAAAGCAUUUCCAUUUAAUUACCUUUUAAUUAGGCAUAAGCGCAUCCAUGCAUAUGACAAACUUCUUGUGUCUAAAAACAUUUCCCAGCAACAAACAAGUAUAAAGUCUUCUGAAUCUGUUGCAUGCUUAAAAUCAUUUAUAAGUCUAGAAGAUUCACAGCAACAUGUGCCUAUCCAGAGAAAUGAGAAACAACAAGAAUGUAAUAUAUGCGGGAAAACAUUUGUACAUCAGGUCCACUUAAAUGGACAUCUAUGUGUUGCCGUUAAUGAGUCUAAUGUGUCUGAAAAUGCUUCCAAACAGCGUAUGACUGAAAAAGCUAAUGAAUCUGGUGCAUGUUUAAAAUCAUUCACAUGCCCAAAUUUACAGCAGCAUGUGUCCGUCCAGAGAAAUGAGGAACCACAAGAAUGUGAUAUAUGCGGGAAAACAUUUGCACACCAGGGACACUUAAAUGGACACUUAUGUGUUGCAAAUAAAGAGUCAGAUGUGUCUGAAAAUGCUUCCAGAUACCAUAUGGCUAGAAAACCUAAUAAAUCUGCUGCAUGUUUAAAAUCAUUUACAUAUCUAGAAGAUUUUCUACAACAUGUAUCUGUCCAGAGAAAAGAGAAGCCACAUGAAUGUAAUAUAUGUGGGAAAACACUUGCAUACCAGGGCCAUUUAAAUGGACAUUUGUGUGUUGCAAAUAAAGAGUCAGAUGUGACUGAAAAGGCUUCCAAACAGCAUAUAGCUAAAAAUCCUAAUGAAUCUAGUGCAUAUUUAAAGUCAGUUAUGCAAUUGGAUGGUCUAAAUCAAAAUAUGUGUACCCUCACAGAUGAGAAACUACAUGAAUGUAAAAUAUGUGGGAAGAUGUUUUCACUCUUCUGUAUCCAUGACAGUGAAGAGCCACAUUUGUUAGAAAAUGCUUCCCAACAGCUUGUGGCUGAAAAACCUAAUGAAUCUGAUGCAUGUUUAAAAUUGCUUGCCUAGUUGAAUGAUUUUCAGUGACAUGUAUCUCUUCAGACAAAUGAAAAGCCUCAUGAGUGUAAUAUAUGUAAAAAAAUGGUACUUUUCCGUUUUGCUGCUGCAAAUCUCACCGAGCAGACUUUAUUGGCGACAACAUAGUAUGCACAUAAAAAAUGUUAGUUCUAAAACUGUUUUUAUUU